AUGGUGAUAAAUUCAGGAGAUAUAGUGAGUAUUAUUACUGGAGAGGAAUCGAGUAAUGUUCUGCAAGAAAGUCACCCGGUUUCAGAGGAGAAUGUAACUAUUACUAGAGGAAAUGUGUCUGAAGGGGAGAAGCAAUCCUAUGUGAUUGAUAUGAAAUGUGCAAGUGGUGGUGGAAGUACUAUGGAUUGGGAUAAAGAAAGAGUCUGUAGGAUCUGUCACUUGAGUUCUGAGGGAUUGGUAGAAAUCAAUGCCUCUACCUCUCGUACCGAUCUAAUUCGACUAGGUUGUGGGUGUAAAAAUGAGCUCGGCAUUGCACAUGCUUAUUGUGCUGAGGCCUGGUUUAAGGUAAAGGGAAAAAGAAUUUGUGAAAUUUGUGGGAAGGCAGCGCAGAACAUUACAGGUGUUGGUACCAGUAGCAGGUUUAUGGAAGACUGGAUUCAAUGGAGAUAUACUGGUACCAGUAGCAGCUCAUCUGAUAGGGGUACUGAAAGUUGUUGGCGGAGAGAACUGUUUUGUUACUUUCUGAUGGCGUGCCUGGUGACAGCUUUUGUGUUCCCAUGGUUUUUGCGAAUGGACAUGCUUUAAAGGUUAGGAAGCUCUCUGCUGUGUUGUUUUUCUGUCUUGGUAAUGUUUCUGCUCAUAUAGCUUACUUCCUCUGAUAUCGUGCAAUUCAUACUCCGCAAGUUCGUAGAAUUUUUUAAAAUAACUAAAAAGCAUAUAUCAUUAUUUAACCAAAAGCAAGUGACAAUUCCACGCAGUUGAAUUAGCAUUGUAGCAAUAUCAGAGUUUAAAGUACUUAUUUUUACAGUGAAAAUAUAUCCAAGCAAGGAAGCUCUUUGUUGUGCCAUAAUAGCUUCGAUGA